AUGGCAGAGGACUAUGGACGUGGAUCUGUAUCGAAACGUCACUCGCCUCUUAAAGGAAGAGAUCAACUUGCAGAACAAGUCAAGAAAGUCACCAAUCUAGAGAUUCAACGAUUUGCUGAUGAAUCGUUCAGUCCAAAUGAAUUUGUAUCAUCUUCGUUGACUGGUGGAACUGAAGACUCAAUACGUACUCUACAUGCCAUUCUCGCAGAAGGCAAGGGCUCUGCCGCUGCUGAUCUACAACGGAACGUUCAUCGAAACUACAACGAGUUUGUCAUUAUAUCAAAGGAAAUAUCACAGUUGGAAGCUGAUCUCCUCAUUCUACGUGGUCUGCUUAACGAAUUGAAGGAUUUGAAUGAAUCGCUCAAGGAUCGUGAGAAUGAUAAUAGUGUGAGGCCUCAAGAUGUUGGAGCAGAGUAUGGUGCCUCAAUGGCCAAGAUAUCAGACUCGACAAAUCAGUUGGGCGGCAGCGUGGACGAGCUAUCUGAAAUGCGUAAAGCUCUUCUGACUGAGGUGUAUGAGAAUGUGGAAGGUCUAGAGAAAGCACUUCCAUCAAUCAAUGGUCGAAGAUUGCUACGCGAUGGUACUCGAUCCAACUUUUACGAAGUGCAGCCAAGCACAUUCAAGCAGAAAACCCCGGUGCAAUUUUUCCUCUUCAAUGACGCACUAGUCGUUGCUACGAAAAAGAAGAAUUUGAUUACAGGAAAGACACGUCUAGUUGUUGAUCGAUGCUGGGGUUUGGCAGAAAUUUCUGUCAUGGAUGUAUCAGAAUCAGAUUCGCCAAAGACCUUUCAAAUCGUGAAACGACCAGAUGUCAAUAUGUAUCGAGCCGAGUCGGCUGAUGACAAGAGAAGUUGGAUGGCUGGUAUCAAACGAGGCACAGAUGAUAUGAUUGAUGCUAGGCGUAAAACUCAGAGCGCUAGCAAUAUCGCUGUGCCGGCUUACAAUGAGCCACUUACACCAACCAUCCAAGCUCAAACUCCACGUCAGAUACGUGAAGAACUUGGUCCUGCUGAUCUGAAAUGGCUCCUUGAAGUACCUGAUGAACUUGAUGUAUCUAUUGCUCAUCGUGAUUUCGAAGAAGCCGUCAAGCUCAUCGAGCAUGCCCAAACUUUACUGAACACAACCAGUGUGGAUACGAUCCGCGUCCUCUCUGCACGGAAUGCAGUUGAUGAACGCACAGUUCGACUACAAGCAAUCAUUAGUCGAGAUUUGGCAAAUCCGCUCUUGACCAAGACCCAAGUGAGAAAUGAUAUUUCGUGGUUGCAGCGUCUAGGUCUUUCAGAAGAGGCUCGAGAUGGGUUCUUAUCGGCUAGAAGUGCCGCUAUUAGACAUAAGAUACGGUUGCUGAGAUUUGAUGGACAAAUAUCAGGAUACAUCACAGAACUGGCAGAGACAAUGUUUCGUCAAAUUCGAAAUACAUGUGAUUGGUAUGGGACGUCGUUCUCAGAACCUGCCAUGGCUUCCGGAUUCAUGAAAUGGGUCAAAUCAGAGAUUGAGGUCUUUGUAGAGAUAUUCAGACUUCAGGUCUUUGAUUCCAAUCAACCCUUCACUGUGAUUUCGGAAUGCGUACAGACUUCAAUGGAGCAAGUUCGUCAACUGCGAGAAGUUGGACUAGAUCUAGGAUUCUUACUAGAGCGACUCUUUCACAAUGGUGUGCUUCGAGCGAUUGAAUCGCACUUCCAAGUCUGUCAGCAACGAGUCACCAAAUUUAUGAAGGCUGACAAGUUUGAGAUUGUUGCUUGUGAGUCUCCUGCUGUUAUAAGCAUGGAGAUGGAUACACAUGACCUCACAGCCAAUGUCAGCAUAUCUCUGUUUGAGUUUUGGUUGCUCUUGACGGAAUUUGCUAGUGAUGUCAGUGGUGUUAUUUCCAUGCAGUUAUAUAGCAAAGUGAUUUGGUGUCUGGGAGGUAUCUUUACGACAUAUGUUGUGGGGUUGAAAGUGCUGAGCGAUGCAAGCAAGCUCAACAUUUAUCAGAAAAUCACAUUAUUAACAAAUGCUGUGGUCGUGGUGGAAACAUUGCUACCUAAAGUAGCAUCGCAGCUUGGGCAACGUUUCGAAAGGCCAACACCGGAACUGGAUGACAUGCAAACCAAGCUUCGAGAUGAAUUACGAGUUAUACGUGAACGAGUGAUUCGUUCAAUAACUUUACGUUUGGUUGAAUCGGAGUAUGACUAUGCCCAACCAGAACUGUUUUCAAGUAAUGGAGGUAUUCUAGAAGACGCAUUGCCUUCUGAGAGUAUGGUCAAGAUGAUUUACGAAAUGAACCGCGUGUCGAACGCAUUUCAAUCGCCUCUUAGUCGACAUGAUUUACUGGUGUCGUUACUGGACUUGGUGUUUUCUACAAUGUCUGAGAAACGAUUUUGGGAAACUGAUAAAGGACCAAGACGAUUUGGAUUUGCAGGAGUGCAACAUCUCGUCCUUGACAUUCACUUUCUAUUGCAAAUCACGUCAUCAUUUGCAUCAGAAUUGGCAACUCAACGUGCCAAUGAAGUUUGUGAGCAUGCUUUGCGAGCCUACUUUGGUCAAAAGGAUCGAAUCAAUUCGCCUCUCAAGACUGGAGAUUGGUAUGAUCGACGUGCAGAUGCUGCUGUUGAUCUUCAUCAUGUAAAGCUGGGUGCCUUGACUGGUGAAGCAUGA